UAUGAUGCUGUUCCAAUCCAGUCUAGUGUGGUGUUAUGUUCCUGUUCAUCCCCAUCAAUGGUGAGGAACCAAGCAGAUUCCAGCACUCCAUCUGUCAUUUCCACCUGUGGCAGCAGACAGGGAUCUAACAUGGAGAGCACUGCAGCUGAAUCACGAUCUAGUUCAAACUCCUUGCAGCAACAUACAGGACAGCAGCCUCCACAGCCUCGAAAGAAACGACCAGAUGACUUCAAAUUUGGGAAAAUUCUGGGUGAAGGAUCUUUUUCAACGGUUGUCUUGGCUCGAGAAUUGGCAAGUUCUAGAGAAUAUGCCAUUAAAAUUCUAGAAAAACGUCAUAUCAUAAAAGAAAACAAGGUGCCAUAUGUGACACGAGAGAGAGAUGUAAUGUCCCGCCUGGAUCACCCUUUUUUUGUGAAACUCUACUUCACCUUUCAGGAUGAUGAAAAGCUAUACUUUGGGCUUAGCUAUGCCAAAAAUGGAGAGCUGCUGAAGUAUAUACGCAAAAUUGGCUCAUUUGAUGAGACCUGUACCAGGUUUUAUACUGCUGAAAUUGUAUCAGCCCUGGAGUAUUUGCAUGGGAAAGGAAUAAUUCACAGGUAA